AUGUGCAACAUCGUCACAUUCCAAUUUACGUGCCAGCAUACGUUGCGUCGACGUAGGUCACGAUGCGGCGGCACUCGGCACAAGAUCACCGCGAACAGCACGAAAGCGGCUUGCAUUGCGGAAUCCUUCUUGACCAUCUACCUUCAGAUCGAAUGCGACCGAUGUCAGCAUACAGCAUGGGAGGACACCUGGAAGCUGAAACUUGAGAGAGCAAAUGCGUUCCUAGCCAAGCUCCAACAACGGGAUAUGACUGGCUUCGAAGAGGUAGCCGCUCUAGUCAAGGAUUUGGAUGCCGAGUAUGCAACAGCGUCAUGGAAUACGAGGACCAUGUUCGCUCAUGGACCGAAACCAAGUGUCACAAGAGUGAAGCACAGCUACUACGAGAAGGCAGCGUCGAAAUUACCGCAAGAAGUGCGACCUGAAGAUGUCGUCGUUAAGGCGGAUAAAGAGUGGACUGAGAUGGAUGACCUUGACUACGAUGGCAACUAUGAAGCCAGUACUGACCCUGUACACCCUGUCAGCACGGACUAUUCGCACCCACUGGACGACGAUGAUGGGGCUUGGAUACUAGAGCAUCUAUCGGAAGCGGGUGUAGUUCAGACGCCAGACGCAAUCAAUCUCGACUUCGAAAAUGGCCAUGGGUGGAGCUGGGGUGAGGACAACAGUGAUCCAGAAGUCCAGACAAGUGCCGAUGCAUGGCAAGAGGAAGGGCGCAAGAUUCUCAACCAGCGUAGGGAAGAUGAUAGGAACAAGUACUACCGCGACUGGUUGUACAUCUCUCGAUGCGAGAUACGCGACUUCGAAGGGCCUGAGGGAAAUGUGAUUCGGGAUCCGAUGAAGGCAGGUGGUGGUGGUGGUGGUGGUAAGGGCGGGGGAAAGGCAUGA